AAAAAAAUAAACGCCGGUUAACUUGGAAAAUAAUGAAAAACCAAAAACUCUAUAAUAUAAAAUAAUUAUUCUAUUAAAAUUUCUUACAAAACCACAAAAAUUGUCAAUUUAAUAAUUUUCUACCCUUUUUAUACAACUUUGCCAUUUCAUCGUUUUGAACACGCUAUUGCUGUCAUUCGUAUAUUCUGCGUGUUUUUCUCUUUGUGUCGUUGUGCAUCAGGCAGCGUACAAAAAAAAGUUUGUGAAAAUAAUUGUCUACAAAAGAACUUUUUAGUGGAUAAUAAUUUUGAUUUGAAUAUCGGCUUUAAGCCUUUUUUCCGGCAAAACUCAUAAGAAAAUCUGGAAUUUUCUUACUUUUGCUAUAAAAUUGAGAUUUGCAAAAACUGCAGUGAUAAUUGUGAAUUUCAUAAAAGAAGGAAAUAAAAAAAGAAGCUGAACAACAAGCAACAACAUGUCUAACAUUGUGCUGGAUAAAGAGACAUUUUUGCGACGAAUAAAGCGUCUUUAUGACGAAUGGAAUACACCUACCAUAAGCCACGAUGAUGCUCUCAAAAACGUGGAUUGUAUUAUGUCGGUUGUGGGUGUGGAUGAAGACAUUGUAUAUUCAAAAUCCACAGCAUUACAAACUUGGCUUUUAGGCUAUGAACUUACCGAUACUAUAUCACUAUUCGCAGCUGAUGGUAUAUAUUUUCUAACCGGUAAAAAGAAAAUAGAAUUUCUUAAACAAAUUGAAAAUUGUAAAAUAGAGGGUGUUCCAGAGAUUAAACUUUUAACGCGAGACAGAAAUGAUAAGGAUAAAGCUAAUUUUGUUAAACUCAAGGAAAUUAUCAAAUCAUCCAAGGGCGGUAAGAAAUUGGGUGUUUUUAGUAAAGAUGGUUUUCCGGGAGAGUUUUGUGAAUCUUGGAAAUCUUCAUUGAAAUCGGAAUCAUUUGAAAAUAUUGAUAUAAGUGGAGCCAUAGCAUACAUAAUGUGUCCUAAAGAUGAGCCAGAAAUAAAUAAUAUACGCAAGGCCUCUUUGGUAUCUGUGGAUCUUUUUAACAAGUAUUUAAAGGAUCAAAUUAUGGAUAUUAUAGAUUCAGACAAGAAAGUUAAACAUGCCAAGCUUUCAGAAGGUGUAGAAUCAGCCUUAACAGACAAAAAAUAUGUAACUGGCGUGGACUCGUCUUUAUUGGAAAUGUGUUAUCCCCCUAUUAUACAGUCUGGAGGAGCUUAUAGCUUAAAAUUUUCCGCCUUAAGUGAUAAAAAUCAUUUACAUUUUGGCGCUAUCGUUUGUUCGUUGGGUGCCCGUUACAAAUCGUAUUGUUCAAAUAUUUCACGUACAUUUUUGGUUAAUCCCACCGAAGAAAUGCAGGAAAAUUAUAAUUUCUUAGUUAAUGUACAAGAGGAGAUAUUGAAAAUGCUUAAGCCAGGAGCAAAGCUAAGUGAGAUCUAUCAGCAUGCGGCAGAUUAUGUUAAGAAAGAAAAACCCAAACUAUUGGAUAGUGUUACGAAAAAUUUUGGUUUUGCUAUGGGUAUAGAAUUCCGCGAGAAUUCCAUUAUUAUAGGUCCCAAAUGUCAGGCCGAAGUUAAAAAGAAUAUGGUUUUCAAUGUUAACAUUGGUAUAUCCAAUCUUACUAAUACAGAAGCCAGCGAAAAAGAGGCAAAAACCUAUGCAUUAUUCAUAGGUGAUACCGUGUUGGUGGGUGAUCAAGCACCAGCCAGUAUUAUGACGCCUUCUAAGAAGAAAAUCAAAAAUAUUGGUAUUUUCAUCAAAGAUGACAGCGAAGAAGAGGAUGGCGAUGAAAAGGAGGAAGUUAAGGAGGAUAAAGGUACCGAAAUUUUGGGUAGAAGCAAACGUAAUGCUGUUUUGGAAAAUAAAUUGCGAACCGAAACGAAUACAGAGGAAAAACGCAAACAACAUCAAAAAGAAUUGGCUCAACUGCUCAAUGAAAAGGCCAAGGAACGUUUAUCCAAACAGGGUGAUUCGAAAGAAGUGGAAAAGGUACGCAAAAAUACUGCCUCCUAUAAGUCAAUGAGUCAAAUGCCGCGUGAACCCGAGGUUAAGGAUUUGAAAUUAUAUGUAGAUAAAAAAUACGAGACUGUUAUUAUGCCCAUCUUUGGUAUACCCGUACCCUUUCACAUCUCCACCAUUAAAAAUAUUUCACAAUCAGUGGAGGGAGAAUACACAUAUCUACGUAUUAAUUUCUUUCACCCAGGAGCCACCAUGGGUCGUAAUGAGGGUGGAAUUUAUCCUAAUCCAGAAGCUACUUUUGUUAAGGAAGUCACUUAUCGCAGUUCUAAUGUUAAAGAUCAUGGCGAGGCAGUGGCUCCUUCAUCAAAUCUUAACAACGCUUUCCGUCUCAUCAAAGAUGUACAGAAACGUUUCAAAACUCGUGAAGCUGAAGAACGUGAAAAAGAGGAUCUUGUCAAACAGGACACUUUGAUACUAUCGCAAAACAAAGGUAAUCCUAAACUCAAGGAUUUGUAUAUACGUCCAAAUAUCGUCACUAAACGUAUGACCGGCAGUUUGGAAGCCCAUACCAAUGGUUUCCGUUACAUAUCGGUGCGUGGUGAUAAGGUUGAUAUUCUAUACAACAACAUCAAAAGCGCCUUCUUUCAACCGUGUGACAACGAAAUGAUUAUUCUAUUACAUUUUCAUUUAAAACAUGCCAUUAUGUUUGGCAAGAAGAAACAUGUCGAUGUACAGUUUUAUACAGAAGUGGGUGAAAUAACCACCGAUUUGGGUAAACAUCAACAUAUGCAUGAUCGUGAUGAUUUGGCCGCUGAACAGGCCGAACGUGAGUUGAGGCACAAAUUGAAGACAGCAUUUAAGAGUUUUUGCGAAAAAGUUGAAUCGAUGACCAAACAGCAGGUUGAAUUCGAUACACCAUUCCGUGAAUUGGGUUUCCCAGGUGCUCCCUUCCGCAGUACGGUUACUCUACAGCCCACCUCUGGCAGUUUGGUUAAUCUCACUGAAUGGCCACCAUUUGUUAUCACUUUGGAUGAUGUGGAAUUGGUGCAUUUUGAACGUGUACAAUUCCAUUUGAGAAAUUUUGAUAUGAUUUUUGUUUUCAAAGAUUAUAAUCGUAAAGUGGCCAUGGUUAAUGCUAUACCAAUGAAUUUGUUGGAUCAUGUUAAGGAAUGGUUAAACUCUUGCGAUAUACGUUAUACUGAGGGUAUACAGUCCCUGAAUUGGGCCAAGAUUAUGAAAACCAUUGUCGAUGAUCCGGAGGGCUUUUUCGAGCAGGGCGGUUGGUCUUUCUUGGAUCCUGAAUCUGGCAGUGAGGGUGAAGCUGAAGAAGCCGAAUCCGAAGAAGAUGAAGUUUAUGAACCCACUGAUUUGGAGUCUGAUUUUGAAUCCGAUGAAGAUUCCGAAUAUUCAGAAGCCUCAGAAGAUGAGAGUGGUGAUGAUAGUGAUGAACUAGGUUCUGAUGAAGAAUCUGGCAAAGAUUGGUCCGAUUUGGAACGUGAAGCGGCCGAAGAAGAUCGUAAUCAUGAAUACAGUGGCUCUGAUCCUAAAUCAAAUGGCAAACAUCAUUCUAAACAUUCUAAAAGUUCGAAACACAGUCGCAGAGAUCGAGCGAUGCAAGAACAAAAUCAUAAGAAACAUAAAUCCUCAACACACUCGUCGUCUUCGGCACAUGCAACCCUAAAGAAAACUUCAAAAAAUACUAAUUCAACUUCCGCCUCAACAAAUAGCCCUGCAAAAUCUUCUCACAAGGACAAACAUCACGAUCGUAGUCGUGAUAAACAUCAUUCCUCUUCGCACAAGGAUAAGGAUCGUGAUAAGAGCCGUCAUCAUCAUAGCAGCAGCCACAGUAGCAGUAGUCACAAACGUUCAAGGGAUGAUAGUCGAGAUGGUGGUCAUCAUAAAUCGAAAAAAUCCCGUCAUUAAUUAAUUUUCCCUCAUUUCUAUUGUACGUUUUUUUUAAUAUUCACUCUCCUUUCUCCUUCCCCAAUAUCAGUGUUUACCUUUAAAAAUAUCUAUAAUUCUGUCUGUUUUAAAAGAAUUAAAAUAUAAACUUUUUAAGUUUGUGUGUAAAUUUUCUAUA